GGGUGUUCCCCGUGACUACCAGAGAGGAUGUUUAUUUAGUUACCUAAAAUUACGGGAAUAUAUUGUAGGGCACACUGAGCAGACUGGGAGAUCAACGUCGUAAUUGGUCGUAAUCACGACAGAAAAUUGUUUUUUUUGUUUCAGAAGUUCGCGGUUUUUGUGUUCGUAAAAGUGGCGGUAUACUAGAUAUAGUGGUUGGUAAGAAUACGGUAAUUACUACUAGAAGGCCGGUCUAGAUUUGGGGACUAACUACUCUGACUAGGUACUUUUUGUACCUACUAUGUUUGACUUUACUUAACACCUUGCACUAGUCCAGAUACAAUAGAAAGAUUACGCCUAUAGGCUUUUAGUGUUCAUCAAGGUGUCAACAUAUCAAAAAUCUGCUUAGAUCAUCUCAAGAUAAACUCUAGAAGUACCUACCUAAGCACCUAUAGUAAAUUUGUAGUUACAUAGGUACCUACAUAUUUACCUACUAUAGGUCUACAGAUGAGCCUAAGUAUAGUAAAUAGUUACAUACAUACAGGCGCAUCCAGGCGCGAUGAUUAUGCCACAAAAACAAUAGUUAAUGUAUGCGAAUCGUAACGGAAGCGCCGUCGAUUUGACGCAGAACAUCGCAGUUUUAUCAAUUAAUACGACGUAUUCGCGCAAUUGCGAAUAAAGCGAUUAAAGUGAGGUGUAUAAAGGGGCGCACGUUGGAGGAAGGACAGACUUGGGUGCUGGAAAAUGAAGCUAAUAUUGGUGUGCUCGCUUCUCACGGUGUUGGUAUCAGCGCACGAGAACUAUCCCCCCACCCCCUCUUGCCCCUGCGGGAGGGUCUACAUGCCCCUCUGUGCCUCUAACGGGGUGACUUACAACAAUAUGUGCGAGUUUGAGUGCGCGCACCGACAUUUAGCACAGAUGGGGUACCAUAUUGGAGUGAUUAGAGAGGGGCGGUGCGAAGAACCGAGUGGAUUUUAUGAAGUUUAGACUUUAUAAGUAGUCUCAAUACUCCUCUGCCUGCUAAAGCCGUGCCUCAGCCAAUCAGGGCAAUGGACAGGCUUCGCCGAGAACGAAUGCCUCUGCACGACUCAAUACGACCCUGUCUGCGGCUCAGACAUGCGCCGAUAUUACAACAUAUGUACUUAUGAGUGCCGGCUCGACUACAUAAGGCGGAAUGGACUGAACAUGAUUGAUAAAAUUGAUUGCAAAUGGCUGCCGCCACCUUCACCCAUUCAUUAGUCAGUUUUAAAAUUACAGCGGCAUAAUAAAGAUUGUUUACGUUACAAAAGAUAUGAGUUUUACAAAAUCGACCACAGAUGUUUAAUAAGGAAAGACAUAUUAUAGAUCUGCAUAGUCAAUUGAGUGUCACAUCAAAAUUGUAGAUGGCGCUUGUCAAUAGUUUCAGAAGUAGCUAAUUCUAAACUAUUAGAUAGCUCACUAGGUGGCGUUGUGUGUUUUCAAUGCACAACGCAGUAGGACACCGUCUGCGGCUCAGAUAUGCGGCGAUACUACAACAUUAUGUAUUUAUGAGUGCCGGCUUGAAUACAUAAGGCAGAAUGGACUGAACAUGAUUGAUAAGAUUGAUUGCAAAUGGCUGCCGCCACCUUCACCUAUUCAUUAGUCAUGCAGUUUUAAAGUUACAGAGGCAUAAUAAAGACUGUUUACCUUACGAAGUUUUGUGUUUUACAAUAUCAACCACAGAUGUUUAAGAAAGACUGAAUGAGCAGAUCAGAUCAUUCUUGAAUUCAAAUGCGUCGACCAAAGACAAGAAAGCACAAAGACUGAUAAUCUGCAUAAUAUGUUGGUGUAUUAUAGUAAACUUUAACACACACAUACACAGACACACACACACACACACACACACACACACACACACACACACACACACACACACACGCGCACUCCCUUGUAUAUUACCGUUUUACUUUGGCUUAUUUUUCUUUAAUUUCUAACUUUUGUAUUGGCAACUAAUAAUGUCUCUUAUUACAUAAUGUUUUAGACAUAUGGAAGAAAUUGAUACUUGUAGCACAGGUUCUCCUAUUGCAAGUAUCAAAGUCUCAUGAUUUUGUGUAUCGUUUAACUAUUCUAUUGGAAAAUAGUUGUUAAGUGAUUUAAGACCAAU